UAGGAAAAUUAAGUAUUUAGUGUAAUAUACACAUAUAUAAAUUUUGUGUGUGGUUAGAACAUUGCUUUUUUGAAAGUUGUGCCUUUUUCAUAUGGGUAAGACAAGCUUUAAAGAAAACCUGAUAUAUGGCAUUUUGAUUUUAUAGUACUUAAAUUUAGGGAGUAGAUAUAACGUUACAAAAUAUUUCAGUUGUUCAAAAUGACUGAUCCUGGGAGUCCGUUAAAUUUCAGGUCACAUCUGCCACUUCUCGGAAGCCUGCCUCUUGCAGGAAGGAAGGCCAGCUGGCCCUGUGGUUAUAGAAUCUUCUCCGUCUUAACUGCCCAGUGGCGAGUGCCUGUCUACACCUAAAGCUUCUAAUGCUUAGGUUAUUUGGAUUCCAUUCUUUUGCAAGAGGAUCAAGAGCAUGCUUUCUUCAAAUACUGGAAGUUCUCCCUGUGCACAUAUGUGAGAAAUUCCCCAGGGUACCUACCUAUGAUUGAAGUUGCUGGAUCAACAGGAGUUUCUUCACAUGGCUUCCGAAGUGACCGUUACAGUUCGCCUCAUUCGUUCAUUUGAGCAUCGCAAUUUCAGACCUGUAGUAUAUCACGGAGUUAAUUUGGAUCAAACUGUAAAGGAGUUUAUAGUAUUUCUAAAGCAAGAUAUCCCUUUAAGGACCAGCCUGCCACCACCAUUCAGAAAUUAUAAAUAUGAUAAACUAAAGAUUAUUCAUCAAGCACAUAAAUCAAAGACUAAUGAACUUGUGUUGAGUUUGGAAGACGACGACAGACUCCUGUUGAAAGAAGACGGCACUCUGCAAGCAGCUGGAAUCGCCAAUGAAACUGAAAUUGCAUUCUUCUGUGAAGAAGAUUAUAAGAACUUCAAAGCUAAUCCCGUUUCAUCCUGGUGAAAACCUCACGAGGCUUCCUUUUUGCAUACCUAUAUUAAGCUCUUUAUUCCACUAGUGAGUUUUUGAAAUUGACAAAUAAACCUAAAAAAUUAAUCCCAGA